UCCUCCCUUCCCCUCCCCUCCACCUCGGCCCCCCCCCUGAUGUCUCAGCCCCCCCUCAUCCUGACGCAGACGGCGGGGGGGACGUUCCUCCUUCCAGCAGGGAGUCACCACGGCUCCCCCAUCCUCCUCACCACACAGCCAAUUGCAACAAUGGCAGGCAGGAAAAAGACUUGUACCACUGAGGAGGUACUGGCCAUUCUGGCUGAAGACAGCGGGGCAGCUAUUUUACCGGUCGACUCCGAGUCGGACGACGAGGACCUCCUGCAGCCAGAACUACACCCGGACAGUAGUGACUCUGAUUAUGUACUUCCACCAUCGGAAAGUGAUGAAGAUUACGAGCCUAAAAUGGCUUCUGCUCCACCCUCACAUCCUCAGCCAUCAUCGCCUGCUUCCACUCAGCUGAGACCAUCCACACGUACCCCUCCUCAGCCAUCAUCUUCUUCAUCUGAUUCCGAAUCACCCGAAGAGACGCAGCACAAAAGAAAAGGAAAAGCGUCAUAUAAAUCAGCCACACCCAGGAAGCGUGGCCGAGGUGGGUCUCCCCGAGGUGGGUCUCCCCGAGGUGGGUCCCCCUCUUCCAGAACGACAGAGGAAGACCUCAGGUGGCACACCAGAGAGGAGAAAGACCAAAGACCAGAGCCAUGCAGGUUCAUGCCAGCCAGGGUCCCCGGCCCCGCGUUAGACCCCAUCACAGCGUGGUCUCCCCUCUCCCUCUUCAGAAUGUUCUUCAGCUCCUCCGUGGUCCAGAGGCUCAUCGACAACACCAAUGCAAACGCCCUGAAGAGGUCACAGGCUGGAAAGAAGUACGUUUGGAAAGAGCUGACUCUGAGGGACUUUUAUGUUUUCCUGGCCAUUAUCAUUUUCUCCGGCCUCGUCCACGUUCACCACAGAUCGGACUACUGGAGGAAGAAAUGGCCGUACAACUUCCAAUUCCCAUCUGAGAAAAUGUCCCGGAGACGCUUUGAAACCAUCCUGUGGUCGCUGCACAUGAGCGACCCUAAAGAAGACGAGGAAAACGAGCGCAAAAGGAACACCCCCGAGUACGACAGACUCUUCAAGAUCAAGCCCCUUUACACGGACAUCGUUACUGCCUGCAAAGCACAUUUCCAGCCCCAUCGGAACAUUUCAAUAGAUGAGAGGAUGGUCGCCUCCAAGGCCCGCAUCAGCAUGAAGCAGUACACGAAGAACAAGCCCAUAAAGUGGGGGUACAAACUGUUUGUGCUGGCGGACUCCUCAACGGCAUACACCUGGAACUUCUUUGUGUACACGGGGAAGAGUGAGUCCACCACAGGCCAUGGACUCAGCUACUCCUCCGUGACCGACCUCCUGCCUCUCCCUCUGCUCGGUGCGGGCUACACACUCUUUGUGGACAACUUUUACACCAGCCCUGCCCUCUUUGAGGAUUUGUCCACAAAAAACAUUGGCUGUUGUGGGACCAUUAGAAAAAAUAAAAUGGAGUUUCCACGGACGGAGUUGAAUGACCUACCGAAAAAGGCAGAAAGGGGAGAUCUGCGGUGGAUAAGGAGAGGCAAAAUCCUGUUCGUGAAGUGGAUGGACACCCGUGAAGUGACCAUGUGCUCCACAGUGCACGAGGCCUUCAGCGGUCAGACUGUCCAGCGGAAAGUGAAACAGGCUGGUGUGUGGCAGACGAAGACUGUUCCUGCUCCUGACGCUGUGGUGGACUACAACCGAAGCAUGGGUGGCGUGGAUGUGUCAGACGCUUUGAUUGGGUACUACAGCGUUCACUACAAAACAAUGAAAUGGUACAAGACUUUUUUUUACCAUUUUAUGGACAUUGCAGUGGUGAACAGCUUCCUUCUCUACAAGGAGCUGUCCAAGAUGAAGAAUGACCCCGCCAGGACAAAGCCACACACCCAGAAGUCCUUCAGGGAGAAGCUGGCUGCAGAGAUGUUGGAGUUUGCUGGAGUCCCUGCAGCAGAAGCAGCAGCAGCACCAUCCCCCCCACCGCUCACAUGCAUGCCCGUGUAUUAUGGGGAAGAUGCCACCGCGCUCAGGAAGUACUGCAAGAACUGCUCUAAUGCUGGCAACAAAACGGUGAAGACACCUGUGUACUGCAGGAAGUGCAUGGUCCCUCUGUGCUUCACUUCUAGAAAGAACUGUUUCAUGGAGUGGCACGACCAAACACUGUAACAUUCAGGGUGUAUACAGUUUUGCCAGUGUGUUGUUCUUUACAAAAAAAAAGUGAUUGUUUUUACCUUUUGAUUUCAGAGUGUAGUUUUCUUGUGUAUUAUGUUGGUAACAUGUUUAAAAUAAAUCUGCUUCAGUUGGAGUCAAACUUCA